AUGAUAGGCUAUACAGAUGGCUCAAUCAAAAAUAAUGUCGCAUCAUGCGCCUUCACCUUCCCCGACAUCAAUCUCAAUGAGACCUGGCUUCUCUCGAAAGGCUCAAACAUCCAAACAGCAGAACUAUAUGGCAUCCUGAAAGCCCUCGAAGCCUGCAAUCACCACUACUGCACCCCUCCAGAACUCCAUCUCUUUACAGACUCGCAGGCAGCCCUGCUAGCCAUAGAUGCCAUCCCAAGAAAUGUACACAAUCACCACCCAGUCUUAAUAAAAAUAUGGAACAUGAUACUAGGACUAAAAGGAUCAGGCACAAUUACCUAUAUUACCUGGAUCCCCAGUCAUGUUGGAAUCUUGGGCAAUGAAAUGGCUGACACCCUGGCCAGUGACUCAUGCAACAUCCCACUCAGUAAACACAUCAACAACCCAUUGUCCACGUAUGAAAAAAUAGCCCUAUUCAAAAAAAAUGGUCAGCAUCUACUCUGA